AUGCUUUUGCUCAAGUCGGAUACCGGGCUGGUGGCGUUUCGACAGGUCGAGCGGGUCCUUGCUAUCGUCCCGCCCUUUCCCUUGACGGAACAGGCAGCCAGCGAAGGCUGGAAUGCGGGCCCACUGCUAGAUAUGCUGACCACCGACUACACCGUGGGGGUGGUACUGUUGCGGCUGGGACGCUACCUGGUAGCCGUCUUUCGCGGGACUGAGCCCGUGGUUACCAAGACCGAUACCCGCUACGUAAAGGGGAAGCACCACGCCGGCGGCACCUCGCAACUCCGGUUCAAGCGCAUCCGCGAAGGGCAGAUGCGCAAGCUCUUCGACGAGGCAUGCGGAGUGGUGGGCAGCCGUUUUGAACCCCACGAUCGGGAGAUGGACUACAUCCUGCUGGGCGGCGAAAAGCUGACCCUUAGCGGCUUCAUGAAGGUCUGCCCCUAUUUGCAGCGGCGCCAGAAGCUUAUCCUGGACCGGCGGCUGAACAUCCGAGACCCCAAGCACGACACCCUGGAAACGGUGGCGGGAAUGUUGCGUCAAAGCAGGGUGUGGGCCGUCGGACAGUAA